AUGGGGUAUGUUGGCUCCGUCGAGAAUGACCUCAACCUCGGGUCGGUGCCAGACGUGCUGGGCGGAGGCACCCAGGACUUCACCUGGUGGAGAUUCCUUGCCUGGGUUCUGCUCCCCCUGCCCGUCGUCCUGGUGGUUCUCCUGUCCGCGCCAGCCCCCCGCCUGGUGAGGAGGGGUGUCCUCCGGUUCGUGGAGACCCUCCUUGUAGCGAGGGUGCGAGGUCCCAUUGAGAUCAUCCACUUUGCCCUGCUCAUCGCGGGUCUGUCGGUGACGUUCUGCAUCGGGCCCAUGCUGUCCUCUGAGGCGGAGGUGGCCAAGCUAGAGAAUCGGCGGGACCCCAACAUCCUGGUCAUGCUCUUGGCGCGCCAGUACCGCAACGAGCGCAACUUCUGGCUGGCGCUCUUCACGCUGUCCUCCUGGGCGGUGCUGUGGGUCGUGUACCAGGUCAACCGCGACAAGCAUGUGCUGAGGGGGAAGCUGCUGGCUUUGCAGGGCAAGGGCGCUGCUGCCGCAGACGAGGUGGCGUUCCUCGGCAACGACAGCGCAAGGAGGCUCGAACGGGCGGGGGACAACGUCGCUGCCACGCGGCCGGCAGGGACCUCCCAUCCCACUGUCGACGGGAUUGUGAAGAAGGACCUCUGA